UUUCAAUACACUUCUCUGCACGGCAGCUUCGCGAGUCUAGUGGCUCCAACGAAGUCCAAGCCAUGGCUCACGUUUGAAGUGUUCAUACAAGGUUAUUCUAGGCGCCGCUUCACAUGCCUUCCAACCUUCAUCACUCUCUUUCCGUUUUCUUUACACUCAUUAAUCAUGGUGCGAUCUUUCGUGCUGUCCAGUCUUUCACUCUUGUUUCUGGCUUCCGACGUUUUCAGUAAACCUGUCGUCACAAAAUCAAUUGUCAUUAUUCCCUCAUGCCCUGCAGCUAAUGGCCUCAAAUAUGACACUCCAGCGGGCACCUACGUGGUGCAGUGCUCCGUAUCCUCGGGUGGACAAAAUAUCCAUACCGACCAUGCGGUAGCCAAUUUUCAAACAUGCCUCGACCAGUGUGGCAGUACUCCCAAGUAUGUUGCCGUAACCUACGAGACUUCUUCUCGAACAUGUAUUUUGAAGUCAACAUUUGGAGCAUCCACUCCGAAUACGCGUGCAAUCUCUGCUGGACUUCACAAUGGCACUGUCGCUGUACCAGCACCAGUUGUGGUUCAAAGUUUGAGCGUCGGUUCGUCAAGUAAGUGCCACCAACAGUAUGCCUCGGCUUCAAUCUUAAGGCAGUUGACUACUACACCCCGAUUUAUCCGGGAGAGAAUAGUUGUCUGCUGGUUUCCACACUCAGUAACCCGGUGCCAGCCGGAGAUCGUUACGGGGGCUUCAGUGCAAUCAGUCUGGCGAGCCUGCAGCUUGGUUUUGGCCCUGUGGUGUUAACUCGUGAUGUUGGGAGAGGGGUUCCGCAAAUCAAUGCGAGAGUCCCGUACUGACUCGUCGCAGGCUCAACCACCUCAUCCACAUCAUCUUCCAUCUCCACAAGCACAGCAUCAACAACCUCCU